AUGCCCGAGCUCACAGCACUACAACCACCACUCCAUGGUCCCUUGGCAGUCCGAUCAGAAUAUGUCACUGCGAAAGAGACCGUGGUCUACAUUACGGAGCUCGACCGAUCAGUGUUGACACGGGACUUCGUCAUGACCAAUGACACUGGAUCUACCAUACUGCAGGUCACGGGAAAGACGAUCUGCAAAGACAUGCUGAGAGAGUUCGAGGAUGGCGAUGGCCUUCCACUGCUGGAGCUUCGGCGGCGAGCGGGAACAUGGGCAGCCACUCUCCCUGGAGCGGGUUUAGGCGACAACAUAGCUUCGAUAGCUUUUAAGGCGUUCUUCAUUCACACGAAGUUUCAAGUCGUAUUCAACAAUCUGAUGCCUCCGUCUGCCGGCGAAACUCACGAUUACCGGGAUGUGGUCUUGCUGGAUGUCAAGGGUCUGGAUUCGUCAAACGAGAGGGUCCAAGUAGCGUGUGGUGGCUCCGCAGUCAUGCACAUUCGUCGUACUGUUGACCAGCAUGGAAGUCGAUCAGCGUACAAGCACGCAUAUGGCUACCGUACUCGAUGGGAGGUCACGCUCAGCGAGGGCAUGGACAUGUCUCUAGCGGCCAUGAUCAUUGUAGUUCUGGCAGAGCAGCGUGGUUGA